AUGGAUCCGGGAAUGAUGGCGGGAAAGACAACCGGUGAAAGUGCUAUGCUUGGGAGUAUAGGUCAUACCCACGGACAUCCACACAAUCCACUGCGCCCGCAUCCACAUCCAUCCCCGACGCCUGCCACGUUACAGCAGCAAUCCAAUCCACACCAACAUCUGCUCCACCACCACCAUCAUCAUCAGCAGCAGCAGCAGCAGCAGCACCAUGCACAUCAUCCGACGGAAACCCCGACCGAGGUUUCGGUCGUCGACAUAAACGCAUCGCUGGCCGCAUCGGCCCCCCUCAUAUCACCGCACGUUGCGUCCGUACACCCGGUCGGUCCCGGUACCGGGAGUGCCGGGCACGUGCCCAGUUUCUGCAACAUUCUAAACGCAUCCAACAGCAGUGAUCUACAGGCGGUCGCCUACAACUCGCUCACACAAAACGUUCGCUGCAAAUCCCCACCGACACUGGUUGAUAAUCUAAAGAACGGGACAAUCGGGAAUUCUCAAAGUGCUCUCUGCAACGGAGCCAUCAUGACAAACGGACAGACGAAAGACUCUAACCUAGCGCACGGCCUAGUGCGGAAGGUUCUCAACAACAGCGAUGGAAAUGGGCAGAAAAAGCCAAUGGUAUCACUCACGCAUCUACCAAAGAGACCUCCGAUCGACAUCCAGUUCAUGGACAUGUCGUACUCGGUGUCCGAAGGUCACAAACGAGGCUACAAGACCAUACUCAAGGGUAUAAACGGUAAGUUCCGAUCCGGGGAGCUAACCGCCAUCAUGGGACCGUCCGGUGCUGGUAAAAGCACGCUCAUGAAUAUUCUCGCCGGCUACAAAACAUCACACCUCAGCGGUUCGGUGCUAAUCAACGGGAAGGAUCGGAAUCUGCGCAAGUUUCGCAAACUUUCCUGCUACAUCAUGCAAGACGACCGGCUGCUACCCUACCUGACCGUGCGGGAAGCAAUGAUGGUGUCGGCCAACCUGAAGCUCGGCAAGGACAUCUCCGUGUCGGCGAAACGUGCCGUCGUGGAGGAAAUUAUCGAAACGCUCGGUCUGCUGGACGCCGCCAGCACGCUCACGCUCAAUCUCUCCGGUGGCCAGCGGAAGCGGCUAUCGAUUGCACUCGAGCUGGUUAACAACCCACCGGUAAUGUUCUUCGACGAACCGACGAGCGGUCUGGACAGCUCAACCUGUUCGCAGCUGAUUGCGCUGCUGAAAUCGUUAGCACGCGGCGGUCGUACGAUCGUCUGCACCAUCCAUCAACCUUCGGCUAGAAUUUUCGAACUGUUCGACAAUCUGUACGUGCUGGCCGAGGGGCAGUGUAUCUAUCAGGGGCGGGUAAACGGUCUGGUACCGUUUCUUGCCUCGCUCGGACUCGAAUGCCCAAGCUAUCACAAUCCAGCGAAUUAUGUGAUGGAAGUUGCAUGCGGGGAGCAUGGUGACUGGAAUAGUAAACUGGUAACUGCAGUCAAUAAUGGUAAAUGUAACAACUAUAAUCAACCGCUUUCGCAAAGCAAAAGCUCCUCCAACAAGAAUGUAUCGCUCGACGUAACGGCAACAGGUACUGCUGAUCAUGAGGAUGAGCUUGCCCUUCUAAAAACGGUAGUCACUACCGGUGAGUACACCGCCAUCAGUAUGCCGCCCAACACAACACCAGAGUCGCAGUUAAAUAAUGAAAGCAAACAGAUCACCGCGAGUGGCGCUGCCGCGGACCGAAAACCAACACUCGGGAAUGGUGCGGAAUCGGCAGCAGUCUCCAUGACCCCCACUACCGCUACGCUGACGACGGUGGCGACAGCCAACACGGGUGCGACGGUCAUCCCGUCGGCCGACGCUACCGGACCGUUGUUAGGUGCCGUUGGUCCGGUUGCUGGAUCCACCCAAACCCAGACCGGUUGCAAGGCGACCUGUACCACUUCACUGCUCGAUUCGACGGAAAGUGUUAGCAUAUCGGUGCCGAAGAAGCAGGCCGGAUUUCCCACGUCCGGUUGGAUGCAGUUUUGGAUACUGCUCAAGCGCACCAUGAUCACGAUCAUGCGUGAUCAAACGCUUACGCAGAUGCGGCUGCUGUCGCACGUGAUUGUCGGUGCGAUCAUUGGUAUGAUCUACUACGAUAUCGGUAAUGAUGCGUCGAAGAUCAUGAGCAAUGCUGGAUGUAUUUUCUUCACCACGAUGUUUACCAUGUUCACCGCCAUGAUGCCGACGAUACUCACCUUUCCUACAGAAAUGGCCGUGUUUGUGCGUGAACAUCUCAAUUACUGGUAUUCGCUCAAGUCGUUCUACUUCGCCAAAACGAUCGCAGAUCUUCCAUUUCAAGUACUCUUCACGAGCGUGUACGUGAUCGUAGUGUACUACCUCACGUCCCAGCCAAUGGAUCCGAAACGGGUGGGCAUGUUCGUACUGAUCUGCAUCCUCACAUCGCUCGUAGCCCAGAGCCUAGGUCUGCUAAUCGGAGCCGGCAUGAGCGUCGAAACCGGUGUGUUUCUGGGCCCGGUCUCCACCAUUCCGAUCAUCCUGUUUUCGGGUUUCUUCGUCAACUUCGACGUCAUCCCGAGCUACCUACAGUGGGUGACGUACGUCAGCUACGUACGGUACGGGUUCGAGGGCGCAAUGGUGUCCGUGUACGGCAUGGAGCGGGAGAAGCUUGCCUGUACCGAGAUCUACUGCCACUUCCGCAGCCCGAAAAAGUUCCUCGAAGAGAUGUCGAUGGACAAUGCGGAGUACUGGAUCGAUGCGACCGCCCUGUUUGGUUUCUUCAUCGCGCUGCGCGUGAUCGCGUACUUUGUGCUGCGCUGGAAACUGCAUUCCAUCCGUUAA